AUGAUAGCAAAACCAAGAUCUCUCAGAAACUUUUUUCUUUACAAGUGUCUGUUUGCAUUAACCUUUUGGAACCAUGUCACCCUGUCUGUGGAAAAUGAACUAUUUGCAUCUCUUUCUAGCAAUUUUCCAGAAGGUGGUUCUGACGAAAAAGUCAAGAGCCUGCCACUCCUGUAUAGAGAUAGUCAUCAGUCCAAAGCUAAUUUUGACUGGGUUGUGAUACAAAAUACUACAGAAAGCCUGUCAUUGUCAGAAAUCACAAAUAACAAUGUAAAAAAAUUAGUAGCUUUAUUAUCUAGUUUCAGGCAAGGCUCCAGGUUACAAAAUCUAACACUGACAAAUAUGUCAGUGGACUGGAAUGCUCUUAUUGAAGUUUUUCAGACUGUAUGGCACUCAUCCAUUGAAUACUUCAAUAUUAACAGUGUAAGACAAUUGUCGAACAUCGACAGAUGUAUCUUUGACUAUUCAGAUACCUCUCUGAAAGCACUGACAAUGAAGAAAUUUAUAAUCACAGAUCUGUACUUCAACCAGGAUGACCUAUACAAAAUAUUUGCAGACAUGAAUAUUGCAGCCUUGACAGUAGCUGAAUCAGAGAUGAUACAUAUGCUGUGUCCUUCAUCCGUCAGUCCCUUUAGAUACUUAGAGUUUUUAAAGAAUGAUUUAACAGAUCUUCUUUUUCAAAAAUGUGAUAAAUUAAUUCACCUAGAGACAUUAAUCUUGCAGAAGAAUAAAUUUGAAAGCCUUUCCAAGGCAAGCUUCAUGACCAGCCGUAUGAAAUCGCUGAAAUAUCUGGACAUCAGCAGCAACUUGCUGAGUCACGAUGCAGCUGGUGUGCAAUGCCAGUGGGCUGAGUCUCUGUCAGAGUUGGAUCUGUCCUCCAAUCAGUUGACGGAUUCCGUGUUUGAGUGCUUGCCAGUCAACAUUGAAAAACUCAAGCUACAAAACAAUCAGAUCAGCAGUGUCCCCAAGGGGACGGCUGAGCUGAAAUCCUUGAAAGAGCUGAACCUGGCAUCGAACAGGCUGGCCGACCUGCCGGGGUGCAGUGGAUUUGCGUCCCUGGAGUUCCUGAACACAGAGGUGAAUUUGAUCCUCACCCCAUCUGCCGACUUCUUCCAGAGCUGCCCAAGGGUCAGGGAGCUACAGGCCGGGCACAAUCCAUUCAAGUGUUCCUGUGAGCUGCAAGACUUCAUCCGUCUGGAGAGGCAGUCUGGGGGGAAGCUGUUGCUGCUGACGCUGGUGCUGGUGGCUGUCGUGGCCUUUCUGUGCAUCUACCUGGACGUGCUGUGGUACGUGCGUAUGACGUGGCAGUGGACACAGACGAAGCGGAGAGCUUGGCACAACCACCCUGAAGAGCAGGAGACGGGUCUGCAGUUUCACGCGUUCAUUUCCUACAGCGAGCGUGAUUCGUUGUGGGUGAAGAACGAGCUGAUCCCAAACCUGGAGAAGGGGGAGGGCUGCGUGCAGCUGUGCCAGCACGAGAGGAACUUUAUCCCCGGGAAGAGCAUUGUGGAGAACAUCAUUAACUGCAUCGAGAAGAGCUACAAGUCGAUCUUUGUGUUGUCUCCCAACUUUGUGCAGAGCGAGUGGUGUCACUAUGAGCUGUACUUUGCCCAUCACAAAUUAUUCAGUGAGAACUCCAACAGCUUAAUCCUCAUUUUACUGGAGCCGAUCCCUCCGUACAUUAUCCCUGCGAGGUAUCACAAGCUGAAGGCUCUCAUGGCCAAGCGAACCUACCUGGAGUGGCCAAAGGAGCGGAGCAAGCGUGCCCUUUUCUGGGCUAACCUGAGGGCGACUAUUAGCAUUAACCUGCCAUUGGCUGAUGGAAAGAGGUGUGGGGAGACCGAUUAA